GCUCCUGACAAGCACUCUGUUUCCUUUCAGAGAUGUUCGACAAGCAGCAAGCAAACACCAUCUUCUGGAGCCCCCAAGGACAGUUCGUGGUAUUGGCGGGCCUGAGGAGUAUGAAUGGUGCCUUAGCGUUUGUGGACACUUCGGACUGCACGGUCAUGAACAUCGCAGAGCACUACAUGGCCUCUGAUGUUGAGUGGGAUCCUACUGGGCGCUAUGUCGUCACCUCUGUGUCCUGGUGGAGCCAUAAGGUGGACAACGCGUACUGGCUGUGGACUUUCCAGGGACGCCUCCUGCAGAAGAACAACAAGGACCGCUUCUGCCAGCUGCUGUGGCGGCCCCGGCCUCCAACACUCCUGAGCCAGGAGCAGAUCAAGCAAAUUAAAAAGGAUCUGAAGAAAUACUCUAAGAUCUUUGAACAGAAGGAUCGUUUGAGCCAGUCCAAAGCCUCAAAGGAAUUGGUGGAGAGAAGGCGCACCAUGAUGGAAGACUUCCGGAAGUACCGGAAGAUGGCCCAGGAGCUCUAUAUGGAGCAGAAAAACGAGCGCCUGGAGCUUCGAGGAGGGGUGGACACUGAUGAGCUGGACAGCAAUGUGGACGACUGGGAAGAGGAGACCAUAGAAUUCUUUGUCACUGAAGAAAUCAUCCCCCUAGGGAAUCAGGAGUGACCGGGGAGCUCUGUGCACGUGUGGUGUGGAGCGGAGGCCGCCCUGCAGGAAGCCUGCUCGACUCCCACCGCCUCCCCGUGCUCUGGACUGUGACCACGCCUGGGAUUCUGCCAUUGCAACACAUUUUUGUGCCUUUCAGCCCCUGGUGUCUGCAGUGGGGGGUUUUAAGGCACCACUUCCACUUCUUUCUUGUUUGGGGUUUUCUGUCGGAACCACCUGUGUUGGCUCCGUAGACUCUAGCAGCGUCACCGGCAGCAUCUUCUUCCGCAGCCAGUGGUGUUUCCACGGUGCCCAUCCACAGCUGAGCAGUGUUUCCGUUGAAGGACUUGCGUCCCUGUCGCGCGUAGUGCUGGACACGUGCUGGAGCUCCGCCGGGAGGGCACUGCCACGCCUCGUACCCCCACUGUGCAGGUGGUGGCCAGUUUUCUCCACAGGUUGAACUUGGAAAUAAAAGCAAACUUGUAUGAAAAA